CAAGUGGUCACUAAACUUUUGAAGUCUCAAGCUCCACCAUGUUCACCGCCAAGAACUCUGCCAUAUUGGCCGUUAUCAUCGUCCAACUGGUGUCCUUCAUUCAAGGAGGCGUUUACAACAACCAGGACAAAUGGGUUCUGAUGGAUAAGACAUCAGACCUACCCCAGCACUCUGUGCUCGGUGGUAUCGAUCCGGAUGGCUACUACAACUACGUGGGCCGAGCGGUGUACAGCAGCAGCAUCCUGCCCGCACGAGUGGUUCCGGAAUUGGGAAAAGCCACCUUCAACACUGAAACCCUAUCCAACCAGGCCACAUCCUUUGAAGUCCUUGUGGCUAAUGAGACUAUCAGCUAUCAUUGGAAACGCAGCUUCGAUGGCUACCGGGAGGAAGACGCCGUAUCGGUGGGAACGAAUUCCGUAAACGACCGAGUCUUCAUCUGCCGAGCUCGUUCUGAUUCUGCUGUCAUCAUUGGCACCCUAAUCUUAGCCCAGCGCUCUUGCAUCAUUAAAUACGAAUCCUUGCCAAUCCGUUACCAUGACAAAUACGAAGUCCUGGUCAGGGAGCACAAACUUGCACAGUGGAUGCCCUACGGUGUAUAAUCUUAUUAUUGAUACAGCAAGAAAAUAAAAUUAAUAUUUAUUCAAAAUAA